AUGAGAGUAUAUAUGUCUUUUCACCCUUCGAGCCAUAGCCUUUGCAACGAAAGCCUGGUGUUCAAAGAUUUGAACGCCACGGCAUUUGCUACUCAAGUCAUCACUGCGUCGUAUUCAAUGCUGUUUUACCUGAUUUUGCUGCUAUUGAGUGCUCUUGGAGUGUGCUUUAAGCCCUUCGUCAAACUCUUCUCCUCGCAUUCUGCGUUCAUUCUCUUUCUUGUCGGGCUAAUAAUAACCUCAAUCGAUGUCUUCACAAAAUCCAACGAUUCAACGAUAAGUCUAUAUCAUCGCCUAGUCGCCGUUUUCCUUGUCGGCGUGGUAUUCAUCCUGUUUGGUGCCGGAUUAUUCUUUGUAAAACCAACUGGCUCUUCCAAUCGUCGUACCCUCGGGCAACAUCAGCCCUCCAUGGGGCUUCUUGUCACAGUCAUCACCUUGCCUCUUAUUACAACGGAACUGCUGAUUCUGUUAGCGGCCCAUGCCUCGAGAGACGAGACCCCGCAAUCCCUUAGAAACGUGUGGAUGCUUAAUGUGAUAAAAGAUGGGCAAUAUGUCGUUCAAAAAUUAAUUCAAGUCGCUGUGUACGCCUGGCUGAGGAACUCAAGAGUCCGUGAUUAUUACAAAGAGAACGCGCAAUUUUAUUUCAAAGUGUUGGCGUUUUUCAACUUUAUGCGAUGGGUAGACGCCCAAGUGAACUUAAACAAGACGGUUCUGAAAGAUGAUGCCCGAUCGGUUUACGGAAACUGGUUUGACGUUCUCUACGAAUUAUACAAAGCGUUGCUGAUAGAUUACCGUCUCCUCUGCACGCUCCUUUUCCUUGAGCAUUCCAUUCAAAUCAAAAACGAAACAGACGAUCCUGAAGAACUCGUUGAUGACCAAUCCCUCACAAGGAGGGUUAUGACGUCAUCGCGCAGGCAAAACAGGAAUAUCGGGUUUAUCGUCGGUAUUUGCUGCCUUCUCGCACCAUUCACGUGCGGCCUUUACUAUGUCCGAAAGCUGGAACUUAGCGUUUACACGCGGGCUGUAGCUACUGUGUUAAACUCAUUUUGUAUUCUUGGGUGCGGAUUGGUUCUCUUACUCAAGAACAACCUUGAUUUUGACAAGAGGGAUCAAGAUCCAGCAGGGGUGAAAAUUAUGGUGAGUUGAAGAAAAAUCAGUACAGCAGUUUUUACCAUAGAUUUAGCUUGACUGAGUAUUUAAGGCUACAAAGAGAUGAGUAGCUCUUAGAUCUCUAUGAGCGACCACUUAUUUACUUGUAGAUAUCUAAACUGGUUUCAUUUCAGUUUACUCGCGUGUAACAUACUCGCAGACAUGGAACUUAUUACGCUGGAAUUACAACCCACUUUCAGGAUCUCACGCCGUAAGGCAAGAGAAGCGUAUCUCAUAGAUAGAGGCAAAACCCUGUCACCAGACGGUCUGAACCGUCUUUUUUUUUUUUAUUCUAUAAUCAUUUACCUGUAUAUUAUUCUAUGUAGUAUUUAUAAUUGUAGUUAAUUAUUAACCAGUUAUGUAAAUUUUAAAUUUAAAUUCAAGAUAUUUUCUCUCGGUUGCUCUAGCCUUGAGGAAGGCUAAUUUUGUCAGCCGAAAUAUUGACCUAUGAUAAAUCAGCCCUUUGCCGCAGUACCAGCCUUGCAUUUAGUUUUGUUUCAUACUUAAACAAGUUUCCCUCCCUGGUUUAUUUGUUUGUCUAAUUGUUUAAUUUUCCAAGUAGGUUUGCUGUUUGGGGGCCGUGGCUUUUACAAGUUUGAUGAUCAAAGCAGCUCUCGCGGAAUUCUGGUCAGUCGGUUAUCACAACUACCUCUGGGCAGGGGUAGAGCUGGUUGCCCGCGGGCUCACCACACUGUUCCUGAUGGUUUUGUAUCUCAAAGUUCACGCGCGGGCCUUGCCUUUGAGAAACCCUGAUGUGAGAAUAAAUCAUUUUCUAGUGCCGGUGUUGAUGCUUGGAAUUAUGGCCGCUUUCGCUUCCUCUUUGGUUGAUGAGUACAUUGGACCUCUCGAUUUGAAAAUAAGGUGCGUGAACUAACGAGAACGUUUCAAGCGUUAGCCAAAGUGGGGAAAGGACAAAGGGUGGGAGCCCGGAGGAAAAGGGGGAAAGAGGACCGUAUAACAGGUGGGAGUUCUAAGAAGGCAGGAAAUAGAACAAUACGGAAAAUCACCCAUCAAUGCUUUAUAUUCGCAACCGAAAAUGGGCUAAGGAAGAGGAGGGGAUUUGGACCCUCUGUGUCCCUCCCACCCACCCCCUCUUCAAUUUGAAGAGGAAAGAACUAGUCUCCUGUGGAAGUGCUAGGAUUUUAUCCAUAGAUAUAAAACUACGAUAGGGAAAGAGGGGUUAAAUGUCUUCAAAAUGAAUGAAAAAGGUAUUCAACACAUUGGUUACCGUCUAAGGCAUCGACGAUCAUUGCUUCAACAUUCACAGCAAAUUUAACGCAGUUCACUAGCUAAUAAAUUAACCUGGAACGAAGGAAUCAAACCACAUAAUAGAAACUAAGCUAAAAAGGGCACUUUUCAUUUGUCAGUACUGACCGACCAACCCAUUCGAUUCCCAUCGUAAUGAGAAUUUCACUUUUAAUAAAAACUAACCAUCCACAUCAGUCAAAUCCUAAAUAUUAUGCACAAAGGAGAUGGUUCGGAUCAUUAUACUUUUCUGGGAAACUGCCCACCUACCCCAUUCCCUAAGCUAACAUUGACACUUACUUCUCACUUGGGGCAAAAUGUUGCCUUAGGGGAGGGGUAGGUGGGCAGUUUCCCUUGGAAAGCGCCGAAUCGACUCGAGUCGAAUCGAAGGCCCCGGUUGUUCGAAAGGAGAACAACGAUAUCCACUAGUAGUGGAUAAAUCUCUAUCCACACCGUAAUUUUAAGGGAGUUAUUAUAACUCCAAAAAUGGAGUAAAAAUUUUAGGUACAGGAUAACCCCUUUUUUGGGGUUAUUUUAACUCCUAAUUUAACUCCGAAUUUGGGGUCAUUUUUACUCUUGAAAAAGAGUUAUUUUUACUCCCAGUCUUGGAGUUAAAAUUACUCCGAAAUGGGGUUACUUGUACUCCUUACAGGGGUUGUUUUUACUCUUUUUGGAGUUAAUUUAACUCUGAAAGUGGAGUAAAAAUUUUAGGUACAGGAUAACUCCUUUUUUGGGGUUAUUUUAACUCCUCAAUAUCUGGGGUCACUUUUACUCCUGAAAAAGAGUUCUUUAAACUCCUUUUUGGAGUUAAAAUAACUCCACGAAAAAUAACUCCACUGUAAGGAGUUAAAUUAGCCCUACUAGAGGAGUUAUUAUAACUCCCUGAAAAUUACAGUGCAGUUAAUUGGUUUUUCUAAUAAUUAUCCGCUGGAUAGUGAUUUGUCCUGUGGACAGCGCUAUUUUUACAAUAACUGAACGAAUCCUCGCGCGCUGAUUGGUUGAAAGCUAUGGUCUACAAAGUGUAGACCAUGGAAAAUUGUGGUCGAUUUGUUAACCACCUUUUUAACAACUAAGGUACGCUAACCCUGUGGAGAAAAAGGAAAAAGGAUCGUUAUACUUUUCUGGGAAACUGCCCACCUACCCCUCCCCUAAGCUAACAUUGACACUUACUUCUCCCUCAGGGCAAAAUGUCGGCUUAGGGGAGGGGUAGGUGGGCAGUUUCCCAGAAACGUAUAAUGAUCCAAGAAAACUAAGUAUUUAUUACCGUACAAUAAUACUGCCAUUUUAUUUUGUCGUAGCUGUGAAAUCAAGGAAGAAAGCUUGCAGAUACUGCACGAAGCCGGCCUGCCAAUGCUCCUUGGGUUUCUCAUUCACGUGUGCUUACACUUUCUCUUCGUGCAGACCAGAUUUGGUUUCAUUAGGGUGUCGCACAAAAAUCAGGAAACAAGCCCUCUGUUAACUAGUCGUCCAGAGUUUAAAGAUGAUCAACUUUACAGUGAACAUCGUGAUACUGUCAUGUGACCAUUUGUCUAAGAAUCACAAGUAACUGACUGAUAAAUGGCGGGUGUAAUUAAGACGUUUUCUGGUAUAUCUUAGGCCUCGUUUACACUAAUGCG